CCACCUGCCCACUGGUGAAUUUAAACGCUCGCGGCCGGUGCGUGCGCGUAACGGUUUCCGAACAGUUUUAACGGUUCUGAGAAGCGAUAAGAGAACAGAGAACUCCCGAAAGGAACCAAAUAGCAGUUGGUAUGGAAAUCGAUGAGACAUCUGUCGUCAUCUCGAUCAACCCCAACAACUUCCCUGGUAAGUUGUGGCGUUUGGUGAACGAUCCUCAGAUUUGCUCAAUCUGCUGGGACGCCAGUGGCGAAGGAAUACUCAUCCAUCAGCAACCCUUCGAAGCUGAAGUGCUGUUGUCCCACACCAGGCAGAUGAACGAUUACUUCAAAACGACAGACUUCACCAGUUUCAUUCGCCAGCUGAACCUGUACGGCUUCAGAAAAGUGCGUCCAGACCAUGACAUCUCAGAGAAGCAACUCGACAGCUCGUCCGUCAUGGCCCAACCGCACCACUUUCACAACCCGAACUUCAAACGGGAUCAGCCAGAGCUGCUAGUCAACCUAAAGCGACUCACGCCUGUCAACAAGGCCAAGCUCGCCGCUGGGAUAGAGCUGACCAGCAGGUCAUCAAAACGUUUCCCUCAUGCAAUGCUGAAUUCGCCCCAGGAAAACUCUGCUGCGAUGAAAAAGGGUUCAGUCUUGGUUGGACAUCAGGGAACUCCUUACCACCAUCACUGUAAUGGCCCUCAGCAGGUGAAGGAGUGCGACAGAACGCCCAAAUCCUCUCAGGCAUUUGUAGUGGGCCAUGGUGAUCCAUCUCCAGUUACUUUAUAUACUAAUAAAGUUGUGCCAGUCUCCGUGUUCCACCACUUCCCGAUGGACUCGCCGUGUGCACAUCCCUCCAGCCCCGCACACGUGCAGCAGGGCAUCAUGCCUCAUCACUCACAGUACAGGUUUUACACACCAGCUAGUGAUGUGUUGUUAUUGUGUUACCAAGCAAUGAAUUGUUUGUUAACCUUUAAUGUUUUUUUUUUUUUUCCAGUGUAUCAGUGCUGUAGCCCAGGCUUCCUGGAUUCAAAAGUGCCAUGCUCUCAACAACCAGCUGCUUCCUACUCUCAUUGUGGCUAUUACCCUGACUACUCAGUCAGCUACCUUCAUCCCUCUGAUCAGGAUCCAGACUGGAAAGCAGGUGAUGUUCCAGAUUCCAGGAAGAGCGACAUGAGAGUGAACCUGGACACUGUAUUCAAAGUGGCAGAUGAAAUGCAGGCUGCUGCUGAUGUCAGAGAAGUUGCAGAGGCGACCAGUCACCUGGGAAGACAGCUUGAGUAGGGACUUGGUUUUAUUUUGAGUGGAAAUGUUGACUGAGUGCCUUUAAUCCGUUUCCUGACAGUGAGUCACG